AUGUCAGCUUCUCCUUUGACUAGAGUGCAGGCUUCUGCUUUCACUAAUGGUUCUGCAUUGAGAAUUAAGUCGAAAUAGCCUUAAAUACAAUACUAAAUGGAUUAAAUUAGUCCUCUUAAAUCCACAGAAGAAAAUGAAUAAUCACCUUCUAAGAUUAUUAAUAUUUAUGCUAAUAGUGCUAUUUAUAAUAAUUAAAUUACAUUCACUUCUGUAAAUAAUAGAGGAAAUAGUGAAGAUGAUAAAAUUCUCAAAACUAACACCUAUAGUCAAAUGGCUCCUGAUGAAGCUGAUCGAGCUUAUUGUGAAAGGCAAAGAAUCAUCAAGGAUUAAAUAAAAAAAACAAAAGAUAAAGCAAAAUAAAAACCAAAGGAAUUCUAUGAAUCAAAAUAAACUACAAUAAAGAAUGCAAUAAAAAAAUAAUAAAUUGAUUCUUCUACGGCAUAAUCAUAAUUAAUUGAUUUAUCAAGAAGUUCAUAAAAUUUCAGAAGAAAAUCAAUAGAUUAACCACCUUAAACAUAAAUUAAACCAAUAAAAAAUAAAGUAAAUAUAUUAAAAUAAUAAUUUCAUUAAUAAUUGUAAAAUAAGAAGUAACAAUUAUUAAAUGAUAUUGCUAAAUUAGACUAAGAAAUUGUAAUGGAAUAAGAACGAAAACCUGUUUAAAUUGUCUAAAAGAAAACAUAAUAAAAUAGAAAUAGUCAAGGAUCAAAACCAGUUUAUGAUCAAAGAUAAUAAAACAAAAAAAUAGUAGAAUCUGAAUAAAAGUUAAAAUAAACUGUGAAUACUUAUAGAAAUCUAAAUACUUCAUAAAAUUUGAAGAUUUCACCUAGAAAUUCUCCAAAAUCUGCUAAACCUAAACCGAAAGUGAGAUCAUAAUCAUAGGAAAUUAAGGAAUGUAAUGAUCCUUUGAAAAAUUCAAGAGAAGAUUUAAAUUGUAUUAAAUAUUUAUUUAUAAUAGUAAGAUUACUAAGAAUGAAUGAGAAAUACAAUAUGAUAUUGGAGCAGUCAAAUAAAUUUAGAACACAUUUUUAACAAAUCUGA